CACUUCUCAAGCUCUGAACUAGGAGGGGAAUUCGAGUUCAUGGAUGAUGCCAACAUGUGCAUCGCUAUUGCAAUCUCUCUCCUCAUGAUCCUGAUAUGUGCUAUGGCUACUUACGGAGCGUACAAGCAACACGCUGCCUGGAUCAUACCGUUCUUCUGUUACCAGAUCUUCGAUUUCGCCCUGAAUACCUUGGUUGCCAUCACCGUGCUUGUCUAUCCAAACUCCAUCCAGGAGUACAUACGGCAGCUGCCUCCCAGCUUCCCCUACAGAGAUGAUAUAAUGUCCGUGAAUCCUACUUGUCUGGUCCUUAUUAUCCUUCUGUUUAUCAGCAUUGUUUUGACAUUUAAGGGUUACUUGAUAAGCUGUGUUUGGAGCUGCUACCGAUACAUCAAUGGCAGGAACUCCUCGGAUGUCCUGGGGUACGUUACCAGCAAUGACACCACGGUGCUUUUGCCUCCGUGCGAUGAUACCACUGCUGUGACCGGCACUGCCAAGGAGCCACCACCGCCAUACGUGUCUGCCUGA